AUUUUGAGGUCUAGCUAAUUUGGCUUCAUUUUGGUUAGAAAAGUAUGCAGAACAUUGCGGUUACAACAUCAUCACAUAAUCAAAGCCAUAAUCAGACUCCUUCACCAACAGACGCAGAUUCUUCUAAGCUGUUCUGGCUUGCACACGAAAAUGACUGGCCCUCAGCGCAACCCAUUGUUGAAAAUAAUCCUGAUAUUGUACGUAUUCCGUUGACUGAAAGAGGCGACAGAGUUCUUCAUGUAGCAGCAUAUGCAGAGAGCACUACUUUUGUGGAAGAAUUGGUUAAGCUCCUAGUUAACCUUGAGAGGCCAAGAGACCUGUUAAUACCAAACUCUGAUGGGAUGCUUCCAGUUCACUUGGCAGUUUUAACUGGCAACCAAAAAAUGGUGCUACAUUUAUGCUCUUGGCGAGUUCUUGACGUUAUGGUUUACCAGGAUAUUAAAAAACUCUUUUUUAUGAGUAUUAGAAACAACAUGUUUAAUGCAGCACUACAAAUAUUUGGUAACAAGAUGGGUUCAUUAUCCAUUGCAAGAUAUGAAGAGGGAGAAGAGAGGCUAACAGCAAUGCAUAUGUUGGCGCGUAAGCCUUCAGAAAUUCUAAACAUGAAAUCAGAGGAGGACGACAAUGGCAAAGGAGUAGAAGCGGAUUUUGGAUUGUUCUUCGUGAUAUGGACUCAGAUUAGUACAUUGCCAAAGGAAGAGAUUUUGGAGUUGAUCACUCAACCCUCAGUAGUGUUGUUUGAUGCAAUAAAAUCAGGACACGACCUCGCUGUGAAACUGCUUCUUUCUCUAAAUCCUCGACUAUUCAUAAAAGACCCCAAAAAUGGACAGAAUCUAGUGCACUUGCUUGUUCAAUAUCGACAUUUUGAUUACUUUCGGUUUAUAGAUUUUAAGAGAGAGGAGACAAUACGAGCAGUGGACAUUGAAGGAAAUAGUGUUCUACACAUGGCUGCGCAUCUACCACUUCAAUUCCAGGUAUUAUCAGGUUUAAGAGCAAGCAUUCAAAUGCAAAAAGAGCUUGCAUGGUUCAAGAAAGUGGAAAAAGAGGUUCCUAGUGAAUUAAGGAGUAUGAGAAACAAGAAGGGGAAGAGACCUAUUGAUGUAUUUUAUGAUGAACACAAGAAGUUAUCUGAUGAGAUCAAAGAAUCUGCAAAAGGAAUAGCGAAUUCUGGAAUGGUUGUGGCAACACUUGUUGCUACAGUAGCGUUUGCAGCUGCUCUGACGGUUCCAGGUGACAAGAAAAGUGACUGGUUCGUUGUCUUCAUCAUCACAAAUUCAAUUGCAUUAUUCAGUUCUUCUGCUUCUAUACUCUCUUUCUUGUCAAAUUUUACUUCUUCAAGAUUUGCAGAAAGUGAAUUUGUGAUAUCGUUACAUCCUAGCUUGACUUUUGGACCUGCUUUACUAAUAAUCUCUGUUGCUGCUAUGGUUGUGGCUUUCAUUGCAACAUCUUUUCUGAUAUUUGAAGACACAAGGAAGUGGGUUUCUUAUGUAGUGGCUACAAUGGGGGUUUUCCCAUUAAUCUUGUUUCCUCUUUUUCAAUUUAGCUUAUUCGACGACCUCAUUUGGUCUAGAUGGUAUCGUCCCGAAGAGUCCAUGGUUCCUGUCUUCACCACAUUGUAUAUGUUUAUGAAGCAAUUAUUAAAGUUUGUUCGCAACAAACCUUCAUAUUCAAAUCCAAAUCCAAAUCCCUUUGACGUUAUCAAGCAUGUAGCACCGAAUACGCACAUGGUGCCUCUCCAUGGAGCCUUCAAAAACAACAUUCCGUAAAUGUAUCUGGUUGUAAAUUCAAAUGUGUGUUUAAGUAUAAUGUAUUUUACUUUUAUAUUUACAUUAUAAUUGUUUACAAAU